CACAGGUCCAUAUUCCAUUUCGUUAAUUGAUAAAUAGUAACAAAUUAACUUGAAAAAAGUUAUUUUAACAGACAAUGGUGACGUACACUAAACAUGGCCCAUGUAUGUGUUGUCCUGGAGUUUAGACACACAUGUACAUAUACCCGGCACGACUCCCCACUGUGUAUCUGUACACGGGAGCGGGACUAUAGGCAUCUAUAUAAGGACCUAGUAUAUUCAUGGAGUACUGCGCAUGCAUUACAAAGACUUGGGACGGACAACCCCUUAUUGGGGAGUAUGACCCUGUCCGUAUGACCUUGAGCACUGCUGACAAUGGAGAGGAUUUAAAGAUUCAUGUUGACGCCCCCUUCUUUGGGGACCAGCCUGUACCUCCAGGAGGAAAGGCUGGCGAGCCCUGUUUUGAACUAUGGUUGUAUGAAGUGGUAGAAGCCUUCUUUCUGAAUGAUGACAAUGACUAUUUGGAAAUAGAGCUUUCACCACAUGGACAGCAUUUUAACCUUGUUCUACACGGGGAGAUGAAUUUAGUAAGGAAAGAGUUGCCAUGUACCUUCACAGCCAGUAUCCAAGGUAACAGAUGGACGGGGGAUGCAGUGUUUCCUGCCGGUCACUUCCCAAAAUGUGUGACCAAGUUUAAUGCAUUUGCUAUGCACGGUCCACCACCGAACAGAGUCUACGAAGCACUCUACCCAGUUCCUACAGGCAAAUUUGAACUUCCAUAUUUUCACAACUUAUCAGUAUUUGAGCCGAUUGACCUGCGGAGCAUCCUCCCUAAUAACUAUACUGACCAGUACAAGUCUGACCUGUGGGACGAGAUUCUCAACGAAAAGUCAUUGACCUUCUGUAUCAAUACGACCUGGGACAGUCAGCCUCUCGGGAUCAAGUACCGCCCCGCAAAACUCACGCUGACCUCCGUAGAUGAGGGAAAGUAUCUAUGUAUCCGUGUUGAUGCGGAAUUCUUUGAUGACAAACCUGUGCCUAACACAGAGCCAGGAACUGCAUGCUGGGAACUCUGGAACCAUGAAGUUGUUGAAGCCUUCUUCCUGAACGAUGAUGGUGACUACCUAGAAAUAGAGCUCUCACCACAUGGACAACAUCUAAAUUUGCUGUUGAAUGGAGUGAGGAAUAUAGUCAAGAAAGAGUUACCAUGCGCAUACAAAGUGGCUAUCCAGGGCAGUGGGCGUUGGAUUGGUGAGGCGAGGUUUCCCGUUAGCUAUUUCCCCAGAGCUGUCACUAAGUUCAAUGCCUUUGCUAUCCAUGGUAGCGAACCAGAUCGUGUGUACGAAGCAUUGUACCCCGUACCAGCUGGAUCAGCCCAACAACCCGAUUUCCAUAAUCUGUCGGUGUUUGAGCCGAUUGACCUGCAGGACUUGCUGCCAUCCCUCUACACUGACCAGUACGAGUCUGACCUUUGGGAUGAAGUGACCGCCAACUCACAGUCCAAGAAAGUGAAGGUCUAGUUAAGACAUCAGUGGCAAUGAUGAAAAUUGAUGAAACAUCUAGAUAAACAACAUCAACAGACAGUGAUGAAACAGUAAAAUCGGUACAAAUUGAUGAACUCUUCUGAUGAACAAUGUUGGUAAAAACUCUCACACAUCUAUGACCAGGUAUUAAACAAAGCAUAGCGUUGUUGUUAUACUCAUCAUUUCUCUUUUCAAAGAAUAGCGGAAUCAAAUUGUACAUGUAUAACAACUAAGUGUACAUACAUACACUUACAGCUUAUCCUAAUUGACUUCGAUUUUAUGUCGCCAACUUGUACUUAUCUUACACCUUUGUGUACAAACGCUUCACUGGUCAUUUGUCAGAUGAAAGCGACAGUGUACAUAUCUUACCUGUCACUGAAAAGUCACAAAUAAACACUCGCCUUGUGGAUGAUAGGUGAUCAGUACAACUGUGUUUUAAUUAACAUUAGUGGUAUUAUGCCUACAACGACAUAACAUAGAUGUAAAUAUUGUAUAUACAAGUUUCCCGGAGGUACAGUUUUGUUGCUUGGAUCUUCUGUACAUUGAUCGUUUGUUAGCAAAUUUAAACUGCUGACUGCAUUUCCGAAUUGUAAGGCACAAUAACUGAAAUUCGAACUGUUAUACGUUUUUGUACCUGAAAAUAAGCAUUAUGACCCUUUCACCCCUAUGCAACUUUAGUAGACUUUCCCCAUGCAUUGACCUGGAUGAGUCCAUUAUGGUCUACAGUGGUGAAAGGGUUAACUAUUUUCCUAAACAUCAGAUAAAAAGCUAUUUUUUAUAUGAUUUACGUAUGCUACAAGUCCUCAUCUGUCUAUCAAAGUCAUGUGACUCUCAUGUAUACAUUCUAUGAUUUCGUUGUCCCAUGCUAUAGAUAUGUUUCACUGCAUGUUCAUUACUCCAUGAAUAUCUGAUGGUAUCUUCAGCAAUUUUAAUGUUUGAACAUGUAUCAAUUUUACCUCUUGUGCAAUAAAACUGAAGUAGAGGAGAAUCAAUGUCAGCAACAGCACUGUUCUGUGCUGCAACCCACUAUAUGAUCAUUACCAGCAGAAAUGCAUUUCAUUUGUGUAUGAAAGCAAAAUCUCUUGUGACGUAACAUGUAGUUUAUUUAUGAUGUCUUAAAAUAACCUUGUUAAAUGAGAGUCUUGUCGCUUCACUUCGGAUAACAUGGAGAAUGCCCCUGCGUCAAACGCUCAAAUGACUACGGUUAAUUAUUGGCGCCAAUUUAUUUAAACAGGACUGUUCCACCAAUGAUGUUUAAAGGACGACGCAUUUACAAAAUGUAGUAAAUAAAUAAACUAUUUAAGAACAAAUCAAUGAAAGCAAACAAUUGUU